AAAGCACCGAAUGAAACAUUGACCCUACCAAACCCCCUCUUUUCUCUCUUUAUUUUGCUCUUCCAAAUCCACACACAGCGCCUGUGUGUGUGCAGUUCUAAAGGCAUUAGCUUUGAUCAGUUUCGGACAGAGUACGCGUGUGAGAGAGACUACUCUCUUCUAACAAUGGGUGGGGAACGCAAGGUCUACUCUUUGGCUCAGGUCUCUGCGCACAACAGCCGCGAAAACUGCUGGCUCGUCAUUGAGGGCAAGGUAUUUGAUGUGACAAAGUUCUUGGAGGACCACCCUGGCGGUGAUGAAGUCUUAUUGUCAGCCACAGGGAAGGAUGCAACUGAUGAUUUUGAGGAUGUUGGCCACAGUACAAGUGCUAGGGCAAUGAUGGAUGAAUUCUAUGUAGGAGAUAUCGAUUCAUCAAGCAUUCCUACUAAGACCAAAUACACUCCUCCCAAACAGCCUCACUACAAUCAGGACAAGACCCCACAGUUCGUCAUCAAGCUCCUCCAAUUCCUUGUUCCCCUGUUAAUUUUAGGUUUGGCUGUUGGCGUCCGCUUCUUUACCAAAUCGACAGCAUAAAGGAAAAAACAAAAAUUGAUUUCGCAAGAGAAACUUGAAAGACAUUGACAAUAAGUUGAUAUAAAUGGUGGGAGACCCCUUGUUAUUAUUCUGGAAUUUGGAACUGUUUUCUUAUAGAGGGUGUUAGGAUAUUUAACUUGGUCUUGUUAAUGAGAUUAUGUUUGCUUUUUCUCCUUGCCAAUGUAAUUUUUCCAUGAAACUUCA